AUGGAAAUUCAGCUCAAAGAUGAAUCUGGUAAAAGUGUUGAAAAUCUAUUGGAAAAAUCGAUAGCGUUAACGAACGACGUGCAAGUGAAUCCGACCGUCGAAUCUCAGGAAAUAUUAAAAGAAAUGAUCGUCGAUUUACCCACCGUUCCCGAAAAUAAAAUGUUGAAAACGGAUCCGGGAAAUCAGGGGGACGAAGAGAGGGAGGAAUCGAAAAAUGAAAAAAUUCCCAUGCAGGAAAAAAUAACGAACGCGGUGAAUUCGGCGAUGGAAGCCGUCGUCGGGAGCGUUAAGGGAAUCGUUAAUUCCGUUACGAAAAAAGAAAAUGCGACGAAGCUCCCCGAACCGGAACUGGGUUUGGAAGAGAAACCUUCGAGUGAUUUAGAAAUGGAUAAUAAGAAGGAAAAUAAUUUAAACGAUAUGACUAAUUUGGUCAACGAACAAGUUUCAAAGGCUGUCGAUAUUGUGCAAGACGUUAAAGAGAUUUUAAAUGAAAAAUUAGACGACCUUAAAGCAAAAGAAGUUGAGGUGGGAAAAGAGCCGUCGCAAAAAAAUUUGGGAGAAGCAAAGAGUGCAGAUAAAGUAAACGAAAUUGCUAAUAAUGAAAACGACAAAGCAGAAGAAAUUAAAGAGAAAAUUGAAAAUGUCAACACAGAACAUGAUCAGACGGUUGAAGAUUUGUCGGUUAUGAAAAAAGCUGAAAACGAAAAUGGAGACAAUUCGAAAAGUGAACCAAAUAAUGAAGAGCAAGCCGUAAAAAACGUCUUAACCGAAAAAAUUGAACAUUUAAAAGAAAUGGCAGUCGAAAAAGGAGAAAUGAUGAAAAAUAUGGUGGUCGAAACCGUAGGAGAAAUUAAAGAUGGCGUGAACGAUAAAAUAAUUGCGGUAAAUGAUAUGAUAACCGAUAAGUUGGAAGCAGCGAAAAAAAUGGUGGUUGAUAAAAUGGAAGGAAAGAAAGAUAAUAUGGCCGAAUCGACGAGAAAUGUUUCUGGCGACAUCGUGGAAGGAGAAAAAAUGAACGCGACCGAAAAAGUAGAAUCAGUUAAAAAUGUUGAAGUCGAUAAGGCAGAAACGUUAAAAAAUAAUUUAACCGAAAAAGUAGAAAACGUUAAAGAUAUUAACAAAGAUGGAAAAAUGGAAGGAGCGAAAGAUGUUGCGGUCGAUAAAAUUGAUGCAGCGAAAGAUGGCGUCGUCGAAAAAGUUGAAUCAUUAGAAAAUAAUGUAGCUGAUGAUUCAAAAGUGACAGAAAUUGUUAACUCUGUUGACGCUCCGAAAGGUGUCGAUGGUACGAUAGAAACAGUGAAAGGAGGUGAAGGAGGCACUUUGGAAAAUAACGAUUCCGAAAAAUUAGAAGAUACGGUAAAGAAAGAAAAAGAAACGACAGAAAAUGCUCCUGCCGAAACACCGAAAGAUAUUUUAUCUAAUAAAAUGGAAGCAGUUAAAGAUGCUGCUUUGGAUAAAAUAGAAACGACAAAAAAUGGCGUGAUUGAUAAUGUGGAAGGGAUGAAAGAAACGGUGACGGAAAAAAUAAAAUUAUUCGAAAACUUUGCGGUAGAUAAAGUGAAAGCAGUAAAAGACAGUAGUAUGGCGAAUGAAAUGGAAGGAGCUAAAAAUAUUGCGGUCGAUGAAGUAAAAGAAGGAAAUGGUACAGCGGUUGAAAAAGGAGAAUCAGUUGAGAGCACUGCAGCAGACGAUAAAGUGGAAGUAGUCAAAGAGAUGACGGCUGAUAAUAAGGUAAAAGAAACAAACGAUAAUAAUGUUGAAGUGAGUAAAGUGGACACCACUACAGUGAAUUCGGCCGGUGAAAAAGCAGAAGAAGAAGAAAUCGGAAAAGAUGCGAACGAUAAGGUCGAAGCAGUUAAUAAUAAUAAUACUGUAGAAAAAGAUGAAACGUCAGAAAAAAUGGAUAACGUUAAAGAUGUUUUAACCGAGGCAAUAGCGAGAGCUGAAAACAUGAUAGCCGCCAGCACGAAAGAAAUGGCGAUCGGUAAAGAAAAGGAAUCUAACGUAGAAAAUGUUCAGAAAUCGGGAGAAGAAAAAACCGAAGUUGUUGAAAAGUCUGACGAUAGCAAAAAUGACGUCAUUAAAGCAGAGAGCACUGAAAAGCUUGAUGAAAGUGCAAACAAAGUAUCCGAUGCUGUACCAGAAGUUGCAGAUUCCAAAAAUUUAGAAUCGAAAAAAAAUGACGUCAUAGAAGGCACUCAAAAUUCCGAAGAUAAAAAUAAAAAUGGCAUCGAAUCGGAAAAAGAUGUUACGGCCAAGUCAAUUAUUAACGAUCUCAUUAGCGAAAAAAUAGAUGACGUCAUAAAAUCAAGUCCAAAUCAAAUUGAUGAAAACGGUAGCGAUCCAACGGUGUCGGAGAAAAUUGUCGAGACUGAAAAAUCGGUUGAAGACGUCGGAGUUUCCGAUAAGUCAAUGAGUGACGCUGCUGCGAACGGGGAGGAAAAAAUAAAUUUGGUAACGGAAAAAAUGAAAGAAAUAGUUGCGGAAAAAACUCAGGCACUCGAAAACGUCGUCAAGGAAAAUUUAGAAAACGUUCAAUGCAUCGUGAGCGACAUUGUAAACGCCGCCACAGUCGACGGUGAAACUUUGGCGGAAAAUUCUACUGAGAAGGUAGAAAAAUCGGCGGAAGAAGCUCUACGGGAAAAAAUUGAAGAAAUGAAAGAAAAGGUUGCGAAUAAAGUAACGGAAUUGAAUGCGGUACUUGGACAGGUGUCCACCGACAAACUCCUCGAGUCAACGGAAACGAACGUAAUUAAAGAAAUUGCAGAGGAAACGACGUCGAAGGUGAAAGACUUGAUGGAGAAAGUAAAAGGUGCAUUGAACGACAAUUCGACAACAUCCGCGACAGACGGGAAAAAUGUCGACAUGUUGAAAAAAUUACAAGAAACUGUCAUGAAAAAUUUAGAAGGGGAUGAAACAAACGGUGGGACAGCAAAAGAUGAUUUGUCCAAAACUACAUUCGUAGAAGAAGUCGGGGAAGUUGCCGUGGCGGAAAAUUCAGUGGAAGGCAAAAUAUCCGACGUGAGCAUCGGAAACGUGGCAAAAGAACAAUCCACUUCCGAAAUAGAACAACCCUCGACGGAGACGUCUGACACGUCUACCGCCAUAAAAGACUCAGCCGAUGAUUUACCACCUCCCCUACCCGCUUCUCCACCUCCGAGCGAACCGGUCGACGUUCCCGGACAAGACAAAUCCGAUAAAUUGACGGGGAGCGGAGUCGGAGGACUCGUCGAGAACGUGACUGGAAAAUUGGAGGAGGUAACAUCUUCAAUUUCAAAUACUUUAAGUGAAAAAUUGGAAACGGCCGAAGCUGUACUCAAAGAUGCCGAACAAAUCGCCGCCGAAACGGGGAAACAAAUCGAAGAAAAAGCAACGGACAUACUCAAAACGGUUGAAAAAAGAGCGGAGGAAAGCAUGAAAACGGCUGGAGCGUUGAUAACGGAAAAAAUAAACGACGUUAUUGACAUGGUCGAAACGACAUUGAAAGACGACUUUUCCAAUAGACAAUUUAGAAACGGAUUUAACGUCCAAAAUGGUAAUUGCGGACGUGGCAGAAGAAACGUCGGAAAAGUCUCGACGCAUGCAUGCAUGCACGAUUUUUUUUUUUUUUUGCAUGUUAAAUUUUUUAUGUUGGGUACACUGUCUUUGGUGGUUGGUGGAGGCCUAUAUAUAUAUUUAAUUACUCUUGAUAAGAUUUUUUUCGAAGUGUCGAAAAACGGUGACGAAAACGGUGACCAACGGACACCACCAUUACCGGUUGUAUAUGUAGAAGAAACGGGGGCCGGAGAAAGUUUAGCCGACGUACCGAAAGAUAUGACCGAAGAGGGAAUGACAACCGAAGGUACGAACCAAGGAGGAGCCGAAGAACAACAAUUGGACAGUUUGGAAGUGUCGCCACCACCAUCGGAAAAAGAAAUUCCACCCCCGCCACCACCCGCCGAAACGGAAGUAAAAGAAUAG